UCGUCUGUGUUAAUGGUUGUUCGUUUGUGAUGUCACGGUUGAAAUAAUUUCGUGUUUUAAGUAAUUUUUUCAACGGGCAUUCGCUCUGCGGUUAAAUGAAACUUGUGCACCAGCAACGUCCUCUGACGUCUCCGAUUCCGUCGGUUUGCUUGUAAGAAUUAACCAGAAAUGUGGAUCAACGAAACUGUGAACUAUUUUUGUAAUACCAAUAAUUUAAAAAAUAGAGUGUGUUUGGUACUACGCACAACUCGAUUUCUCCUUUCGGCGUAAAAUAAACAAAAGACGGUAACUCUGAAGUGCUAAAGUGUGCUCAAAUUUCCCUCGAUUAACGAAUAACGAACACGGAAUUGUCCGGAACUGGAGAAUAAACGAAAUGCACCUGAAAAAGAAAUACGAGGAAAGAGACGACCACAGUGUGGAGCAUGCAAGCAUUAGUUAUGGAUCCAACAUGGCCGAUAAUACACGCGAAGUACGAAUUGAAGAGCAAUUAAAAGUAAAAAUUGGCGAAGCUAAAAACUUGAGUAGUCGCAAUGCGGCCAAUACCAGUUGCAGCACACAAGGCGUACGCGAUGUGUACUGUACAAUUGCUCUCGACCAAGAGGAAAUUUGUCGCACACCUACCAUCGAACGCACAUUAGCGCCAUUUUUUGGCGAGGAAUAUCAAUUCAAAAUUCCACGACGCUUCCGUUAUCUAUCCAUAUAUGUGUGGGAUCGUGAUCGACACAUGAAACAAGAUAAGCCAAUUGGAAAAAUAGCUAUUAAACGCGAAGAACUGCAUAAGUACAAUCACAAAGAUCAUUGGUUUCCAUUGCGACCUGUCGAUUCGGAUUCCGAGGUGCAGGGCAUGGCCCACAUUGAGGUGCAAUUCGAAGAGGUGCAGCCGGCCGUACAUGAACAGCGUAUAAAUUUGAUACGACCCAGUGAUUAUGAUCGCAGUGACAUCAUUGAAGACAUUAGCCAUCACCACCAACAUCAAGCGCAUCUAAAUGACUACAAAGAGAAUAGUGAGCUGAGCAAUAUACAGCGUGGCUCGCUGAAAUCUCGUGGUUUAUUCGGUACACAUACCGAACAUACUACGAAUUGGAAAAAUGCGAAGGCAACUCGUUUGGCGCGUGCCGCAGUUCGUUGUAUCGAAUGUGUCGACUUGACUAAGAAGAAUGGCACUUGUGAUCCGUAUGUAAUUUAUACCGCUACUUACACGAACAAACGACAAGUGACGAGACGCACGAAAGUGCGGGAAAAGACCGUAAAUCCUGAAUUCGAUGAGACAGUUUACUUUGAUCUCUGUAUUGAUGCUGAUAAUGCGACGACUAAGUCGAUAUCUUCACAUCACGAUGCCAGUACAACGAACUCCAAUAAGGGGUAUACAAUUUAUCCGCUCGGCGGUGCUGAUCUUUGUGAAAUAUCCAUUGCAUUGUGGCACAACUCUGCGGGUAUGGCGGACAAAGUAUUCCUUGGUGAGGUGAAGAUACCCAUUUUGAAUAAGCAACAACAAGUUGCUGCGCAACAAUCCGCCUGGUAUUUUCUGCAGCCACGUUCAGCCAGCGCAUCAAAUCGUUCGUUAUCGUCGACACCGCGUUCAUGCGCCACCCCACCGGGAACGCGUCUCAGCUGCGAUAGCACGAUCGGCACGUUACGCCUCAAACUGCUCUACACCGCUGAUCACGUCUUCCCGCUGGCAACUUAUGACGACCUAAUGAACCUGCUUUUGGAAUCGGUCGAUCAGCGACCCAUCACAAUAUCGGCCGUCUCUGUACUAGGCGAAUUAGUGUCGUGUAAGACGGAUAUGGCGCAGCCCUUGGUGAGACUUUUCACACACACCGGCCGCAUUGCAUCAAUCAUCAAAGCAUUGGCCGAUCAUGAAAUUUCCAAUCUUACCGAUCCUACAACGAUUUUCCGCGGUAAUACGCUUGUUUCGAAAAUGAUGGACGAAGCCAUGCGAUUGUCAGGCCUACCUUAUCUACAUCAAACGCUGCGUCCGGUGCUAGCUCAAAUUUUGAUCGAAAAGAAACCCUGUGAAAUAGACCCAUCCAAGGUGAAGGAUCGUUCGGCAGUCGAUACAAAUUUGAAUCACCUACAAGACUAUGUGGAACGUGUAUUCGAUGCGAUCACGAAAAGUGCGGUGCGCUGUCCGAAGGUGCUGUGCCAGAUAUUUCACGAUCUACGCGAAUGUGCAGGCCGACAUUUCCCACGUAAUCAUGAAGUGCGUUACUCGGUGGUGUCCGGCUUCAUAUUUUUGCGUUUCUUUGCGCCCGCUAUACUUGGCCCCAAGUUGUUCGAUCUGACAACAGAACCACUGGACCACCAAACAAAUCGCACAUUGACGCUGAUUUCCAAAACGAUACAAUCACUUGGAAAUUUGGUGAGCUCUCGUUCUUCACAGCAGCCAAACAAAGAAGAGUAUACCGGGCAGCUGUAUAAGAAGUUCUACACGGAUAAGCAUGUUAAGGCGGUUAAGCAUUUCUUGGAGGUGAUUUCCACGCCAGGCGAAGAUUCGCGAAUGUCGGGUGAUUCAGCUUUAUUGCCAGUUGUGUGCCCUGCGGAUGGUACACUCGAACCAGUAUUACUUAAAGAAGGAAUGAUGACAAAAUAUCCACAGUGCCGUAAACGUUUCGGCCGUAGCCGUUUCAAGCAACGUUAUUUUCGCCUAACCACAAAGACCCUCAGCUAUGCCAAAUCGAAGGGCAAACAACCCAUCUGUGAUAUACCAUUGUCGGAGAUUGAGCGCGUCGAACAACUAAACGAGAAGAGUUUUAAAAUGCAAAACUGUUUUAAGAUCAUUCGCAAAGAGCGCUCUCUUAUUGUGCAGGCAACGAAUUGCGUGGAGGAACGUGAAUGGAUCGAUUUGUUGCACAAAAUCUGCCUGACGAAUUCCAUCCGCAUGCAGUAUUUCCAUCCGUCCGCCUUUGUGAACGGCGUCUAUAGUUGUUGCUCGCGUUCGGACGAGAACGCGCCAGGCUGUCGCACCGUCUCCGCCGAAGCGAUCAACUACUUCCAAAUGGAUCUUGUUACAUCACUCGAUCCUGCGCUUGAUCUGCAACGAAUUCAUACGCUCAUUAUGUCGCAUAUGACACAAUUGGCGGCGCCGCUCGAUCCCAUAGCCUUCCAUCAUUUGCCACAGGGCCACAAUCCACUUGGUCCCACAGCAUUAACGCUGCAACAACAAUCACCUGAAGCAUACGCUGAAUUUCAAACAACAAUCGAACAACUGCGUAAAGUGGCGUUCGCCAUCGAUCGCGAUCAUCGCAACUAUAAGGCUGGCAUAGCGCGAGAACUGAAGUAUGGCAGUCGACAAGCGCCGAUUGGUGAUGACAACUACUUGCAUAUGAUGCAUGCGGCAGGUCAUUUCAAUUUGCAACAACACCAACAGCAGCAACAACAACACCAGCAGCAUCAACAACAACAGGUAUUUCUGCAUACACAACAGCAACAACAAGUUUUGCCACAAAUGCAACAUGUGCGCGCAUAUCCAUAUCAGCUAAAAUAACUGGCAAAAAGAAGUGAAGGGGGUGAGACUGCAAAAUGUUAGAGAUGAGGAACGGAACGGAAAAUGCGGAAGUACGCAGUUGAAGUAAGCAAAGCGAAAGCGCUCAACCAGAGCUUCGCAUUGGGCGUUAUGUACCUAAACACUUGAAAAGCAAUAGGUACUUACUUACCAAUAAAUUUAUAUAUGUAUAAUGGCAGCUAUAGCUGAGCGUAACGAACGCUCAAUCUAGUUUCGAUAAUUAAUUGAAGAGACUUCGGACGAUCGGCGGUAUAGGGUUGAUAUAUGUAUUUUCCCUCUUCCCAAAAACUAACACGAUUACCAAGCAACCAAUACUACAAGCAAAAGUUCAAAUUCUCUAUAAAAAUUAUGUUCUAAAUAUGUUUACAUAGAUAUACAUAAAUGUGUACAUCUAUUAAACAAAUACUUACUUUAUAUGAAUUAUUAUUGAUAUACUAGAAAUAUUCGCAUUCGUAUACGCAUGCGUAUUGACAGACGUGUAAGACUAUUUAUUUUAUACAAUGCUAUUAUAUAAAUAUAUACCUACUUAUUAUUAUAUUAUUGUAUACAUUUUUUAGCGAAGUUAAGCAAAAAGAGUAACUGCGAGCGUUAGUUCUAAAUGAAACGCUUUGUAGUAUGUAUGUAGAUAUAUUUUACAUGCACUAAAUAUACGAGUGCAUAGUAAUAAGAAUAUUUGUUUAUAAUCUAAACUAAAAAUUCUAUCUUAACGAACAUUUUUCGCCUUUAUUCACAGAGGCCAAGAAAAAGCACAGAUAAAAAAAACUGUUCAAGAGAUGAACUCCAAUUUACUGCAUUAUAUGCAUGCUCUAAGCUAAAAUAAUUUGUAAAAUGUUAAUCUAAGAGAAAUGCAGAGAAACUAUUGUUAAGUGAAAUUAUAUAAAUUGUAAAAAAUACGUUUAGGAAAAUUGCAUAAAAAAUGUGAAUUAAUUUGAAGAGCAGCAAGAAAAACAGAUUAAUGCAACACACAUGUCGUUGGUGUACCAUUCUUCUGCAAAUAAGCUUUGCUUUUUUUUAACGAGAAAAAUCAUUUAAGCAAAUAAAGCUGAAUGUCGCGUUUUUAUAUAGCUUUGUUAUAUUAUUACUUGAAUUGAUUGAAAUUUUUAAAUAAUUGUUUUCGUUUUAAUGCAUAGUUAACCAAAUUAAAUAUAAUUCAUCUCAUCUCAUGUUCAAGCCUUCCGAAAUUAUUGCUGCUUUUUUGUGUUAGAAUUAUAUUAUUAAAAUCGACAACAUUCUCUGUUAAUACCAUGAAUUGUUAUUGGCUAUUCUAAAAGCUUGUAUUAUUAGUUAUUUUAUUCAGAGGCAUUUGUAUUUGUAAGCUUAAAGACUGAAUGGUUACAUGAGCCAAUGAAUGAUAUUUGAAAAGUUUACUUGCGGCGUUUUUAAGAACGAGUUGUUUGCAGAAAAUAAGCGGCGCUAUAAGCAAAUUCUUUAUAGUGCAGUGUGACAAUGUUUACCUGCUCCUCGGAAACUCACAAAAAUGUGUUAACCUACUUUUAUAUCAUAUAUAUGUAUAGAUAUUUUUUCUUUUGUAAAGUUUUAGAUGCAUUGACAUGUUUUAAAAAAGUCUCUGCAACUUAUGCACGCAUAAAUUCUAAAUCCACAAAAUCAUUAGAUUCUAAUACAAAACACAUUGGAAAAUAACACUUUUUUCUAUUAUUCACGAAUUCCAACAAAACCCUUUGCAUUUCAUAACAGCUAAUUGCAUACAUUUUGUAUUCAUAUCAGUAAUCACAUCCGAUUCGCAUACGUACACCGAACAAAUAAAUUAUAAAACAUUCGAUAUUCGAUUCAUUCACAAAUAUAGGAAACGAUACUUCUUACAAAACGCUCAUUACAAAAACACUUCCAAUUAUAGAUAACUAAUUACUUUUUGCGUUCUCCAUUUCUUACGAAAUUCUUUUAAAAAUAACUGUCUUCGUAGUGUUAUUAUCCGCCGACUUUUCUUCCAUUCAUUUAACUUGCAUUGCUCUUUCGUUAUUUCUAUUUAAACUGUAGCAUUCCAUUUCAUGCUAAUGCAUUUUCGUUUCGUUGAAUCUAAUUUAUUUUAUUUUUCAACAUUCAUAUAUCAAUUUAAUAUUCAAUUAUAAAUUCUGAUUUUGGAGAAUUAUUUUUAAAAUUGUAAAUAAUAUACAUACCAAUUUACGUUAAGUGUCGCAUUUAUAAUACCCGAAACAACGAUUACAUUUACAUACGAAUAUCGUACAAUUAAUACGUAGAAAAGGAGGAGCCUUAAUAAAUAAUUUUAUUUAAAUAAUAGUUAUUCAUUUCUCGAUUAAUCACUUGUUCGUUUUAUAAUAAUAAUUUUUUAUAAUUAAGUUGUACUAUUUAAUUAUUUGAAUUAGUAAAUUUUUGUAAUAAUUUUAGUUUAUGUAAAUUAUUACUGUCAACAGUAUGUGUUAGUAUAUUUUGCUACUUACUGUUAUUAAUAUUAUCAUUAAAUAUUCAUUAUUAUUACUAUUCUUGAAACUAUGUUUUGUAUUAAUUUAAAGUAUGUUUAAGUUUGUAAUCGGUACAAAAUUUUUUUUAAUAAAAGAAACUCCCAACUUGGCAUUUACGACUUUGUAAACACAAUUUUGCAUUUUGUUUUAAUUUUUUGAACUCAGCCUGGCAGUCAAGCCAUGUAUGCAAUUUCAAGCUCCACUUUUAUAUGUAUAUGCAUGUAUGUCCACGAUCAUGCAUGAUUCCAUGUCGCCAAAAUGUGAAGUUUACUAAAUCCUAUUGUUUACUUUCGUUUCAUAUCUAUUGUAAAAAUUUCCUAAGGCACAUCUAAAGUUCUGGCUAACUAUAGCAUACCAAAUUCUAAGUGCUAGAGGAAAUAGAAUACAUGACUAUGGAUUACAAUUUUUAUAAAUAAGCAUUUCUCAUCAGUAUGUGUGCACAAAAAUUUAGCGAAAAUAUGCAAAACAAUCAGUUUC